GCCAAACUAGGAGCAUAGGAAACGCGGAGCAAGAGCAGAAGAGCCAGCAGCCGAGCAGCUACACACGGCGCGGGGGUUCGGCCAAAAGAGUGGAGCGCUUAUAUAGUGUGGAUACUCUCUCGCUAUCGGAACGAAUAGCUUUCCAUACUAGUCGACGGUCUCUAUUCGAAGACAAGUCCUCCUCGUCGACGGCUCAGCGGCUUGACAUUAUCCAUCCCCCCCACCACCACCACCAUCACCAAAGAAAACCCCGGCGCCAUAACGUUACAGUUUGUCCUUUGGUCAGUCAAGUUAUACAAGUAACCAAAAAGUUCAGGGAAAGGCCAAAACAAUCAAUCCAAAAGUCAAGAGAGAAAGAGCUAGAGAGAAAGAGUAACAAGUGUUUUUUUGAUUGCCAAUCUUCAACUCUCAGCCGUGACAGCAGCUCCCGCACAAACAAAAGGGCCAAUUAAGCAGCGUAAAGAUUGCCGGAAGAGGAAAAGAGGAAGAAGAAGCUGAAGAAGAAAAUCAAAGAAGGCGCUGCUGUCUCUCGUUAAUCUUUGGCACAUCGACAACAAUCGACACACGAGUCUCGCAUAUAAUGCAGUUGUUUGGAUGGACCCUUCAUUCUUGCUGGAUGCUGCUGACAGUCAUCUCUGUCUGCUGUUGCGUCGACAUCGGCUCCUCCUCAGAAAUCAAUGAGGAAGUCAUGGAAGAGCAGCCGUGGAUCUGGAACGAAUUCAAGCUGGCGGGAGCUGCCCGUAAGUUUCACUCGAUCCUGGACAACGGCGGAUCGGACGACGAGGACAACGACAACAACGCCGUCGCCAUUAGUGACAGAGCGGCGGCCGCAUCGGGCCCAUCGCGGGCCUCAAUACUAUCGGCGGCCAGGCCAUCUUCAGCCAUCUUCGCGACAGCUUCGAAUUUCAGAGACAAUCAACAGCAGCAGGAGGAAGAAGAGGAGGAGUCACAACAACAAAAACAACAAGAGCAGCAGCAGCAGAGGGCCGGAGCUAUGACUGCCGAUAGUCCCAACGUCUUAGACGACUACGUCUACGAGGAUCGUCCGCUGAUGACUAAAUACGCGCUGAUGGCCGACGGCGAGCCGGCCCAAUACUACGGCAAACUAACCAGCAAUUUGAAAAGAUCUCAGCAGCCGGCGCCAUUCAACCCGCCGGUGACCGGCAAGCGCCGUCAAAAGCAGCAACGUAAUUCGAUGACUCUCUCCUCCAAAUCUUCAACAGGGGGAGCCGACGCCGAGUCGUCGGUUGCGUCACAGCAGCAGCAGCAGUCGUCGUUGUCUACUUCAUCAUCAUUGGCGGCGGCUAAUAUCGGCCGGGACUCGGAGCCUCGAGUUUUGCCCCUCUUGGGUUUCCAUUCAGCCGUCAACAAAAUCAACAGGCAGAAGGAAUCCCUUCUCAAGAAAAUCCUUCGGCAAGCCGCUCGACGUCAGUCAAUGAAGAGGAGCCCCAACUGCAUGCGGAAAUGCAUUGCCCAGGGCUUACUACAUCCGGCCCAGUGUCACUCGCUGUGCUAGCCGCCCACAGACGCGACUGGCAAGAUUGGAAAACAACAACAACAAAAUGACUUUGCAAAAAUAAAAUACAGACGACUGCGGAAUGAAUACCACGGGAGGAGGAAGACACCGGAUAUUGCGGCUGCUGAAAAAAAAUAAAAAAAUAAAAAAAAGCCAAAAAUAAAAAGAGAAAUAAAAAAAAAAUUACUAGUGUGCGCUCAUGACGCACAUUCUCAAAUCCUCCCUCAAUUCCUAGCUCUCCACCCCCACCACCACUACUACCCGUUUUGGCGCCCCACGUAUAUUAAACCACGUCAUUUAUUUCUUCUUCUUCUUCAUCAUCUGUUUUCGUCUCCUCUCCCAAGAAUCUGUGAGAACCCGAUAUCGUUUGACAACUGGUUCUCUCUCUCUCGCUCUCCUUCUAAUCUUUCCAACUCUCGUUUCAACAUCGGGCUUUAUAUAAACUUGAUCAAUAAGAGUUAAUUGCCCUAUCUGUGUUGAUAUUACAUCAUAGCUCUUGUUUCCUGGAAGAAAAAAGACAAAAAACGUUUACCCCCACACACACCUCUCCUCCCCACCACCCUCACCCUCUGUAUCGAUGUUUACUACACGCAUAUAAAAGAAAAAACAAUUUAAGCAUAUUAUAUUAUAACGUGCCCUGACAACCCCCAGCCCGAAUUCGUCACCACCACCACCACCACCACUCGAUAUAUUUACUUAUAAUUAUACAUUUACCUGUCGUUUAUAAUGAGAAGAAGACUAAAGAAAAAAGAAAAGGAUCUUUCUCUUCGGCUUACGUACACCCCCUUUAUUUGUUUUCCUUUUUCCACCCAUUAUGAUUAUGAAUUAACCCCCCCCAUAGACUUUCAAACAAUGUUUCAUGGAUAAAAAUCUUUUAACUAUUAUAAUCCUACAUAAUUCGAUCAAAAAAUACAUUAAAUAACGAGAGCAACA